AUGACAAAGUCCUUGCUCACUUCAAGCUACCUAGUGAAUAUUAUUCCCGUUCUCAAAUACGCCCCCGAGUGGCUUCCUGGGGCUGGUUGGAAACGAGAUGCAAUCAAGUGGAGGAAGGGGAAAGAUACUUUGAUCAAAGAUAUCUCAAAGCUCAUACAGAGCACAGAUGAGAGCUCACAAAUUAUAUUUGGGUCCCUAAGAACACAGACUCUGAGUAUAGGGCUCACAGACAAGGAGGCUGAAGAUUACGUUGACCAAAUUGCGAUUACUAUGUUUGCCGGAGAAACAGACACCAAUGUUAACACACUCCUCAUGUUCUUCAUGGCGAUGGUGUUGUACCCAAGUGUCCAGAAGAAGGCACAUGACGAGAUAGACUUGGUUCUAGGGCAUUCUCGGCUCUCCAAAGUUGAAGAUCAAGCUCAGCUCAAUUACAUAGACAGAAUUGUCCAGGAAACCCUCAGAUGGGCUCCUGUUACUCCCAUAGCCUUCCCGCAUACAUGUUUUUGGGACGAUGUGUACAAGGGUCAUCGUAUACCCAAGGGAGCCAUAGUAAUAGGUAAUGUUUGGGCCAUGACUCGCGACGAAACAGUGUAUAAGAAUGCAGAGGCGUUUGACCCCGAUCGCUUUUUGAACUCUACCACUCUACCAUCCCCAUUGUUUGGUCGUUGCCCAGGUGUUCACUUCGCACAAUCAUCUCUCUUCAUUACAAUUGCUUCCAUCUUGAUGGCAUUUGAUAUUAGGGCAACUAAAGAUGGAAAUGGACAGGAUAUCCUUCCAAGCGGGAAGAUGACCAGCUCGGCAGUUCUUACUCCAGAACACGUUGAAUUUGAACUGACGCCUCGCUCAGAGAACAUAAAGAAUUGGCAAGGAAUGGUCUAUAAGCCAAUAUUAUUUUGA